AUGAUACCAGAUAACGUAACAUUGAUUGUGAAGGCACCUAAUCAGCAAAUUGGGGAUCAAAACAUUGAGUGCCAGACUUCAUGGACGGUCAGACAACUUAAGGGUCACCUAUCAGAGGUCUAUCCUAAUAAACCGAAAGCAGAUGAACAAAAGAUAAUUUAUUCAGGACAGCUUUUAGAUGACAACAGUAUAUUGAAAGACGUGUUACGACAUUAUGACAGUCAGAUAACGCACACUAUGCACUUAGUUUGCUCAAGCAAAAGAAUGCAAGAGCCCGAUACAAAGACUGACGGUCUCCGUCAGAGAAACGUAACCGUGACAGACCCCCCCAGACCGCCAGAGACCCCCAGACCAGAAAUGCGACAAAAUGACCAAAAUCACACAGUGGAAAUGCAAAAUUAUUUCAGUUCCUUUGUAAAUAAUUACGGAAGGGUACCUCCAUACCCGAAUUAUAGUUUCGGAGAGGGAUAUUUGCCAGUACAAAGUGACCCUGCCUCGAUGGCCAAUCAUAUGUUAAUGAUGCAGCAAGCCUAUAUGCAGUAUAUGCAACAGUACGCCAACAUGGCACAACCAGCAGUAGAAACCCCUCCUCCCCCCACGGAAACCCCACCACAACCGGAAAACCCGGAACCGGAACCAGAUGAAAUGGCCCGAGACUGGCUUGACCAUCUCUAUGCAGCAUCCAGAUUUGCAAUACUGGUCUCGUUGUUUUGCUUGUACGGCAGUCCGGCGAGAUUGCUGCUAGUCAUAUUGUUGGCUGCCGCUGGUUAUUUGCACCAAAUCGGCUUCUUCCGUGAUCUUCACGUUCAUCCCGUUAACAACGAGAACCGUCGCGAGCAACAGAACGGCAACGAGCGGAAUGAACGUAACGAAGGAAAUGAACGUAACGAGCCACAAAAUAACGAGAACCAAAACGGUAAUAGACCAGCAGAACCGGAAAAUAACGACAACCAACAAUCGGUAUUAGCCGUAACCUGGAUGAUAUUCACAUCUUUCUUCGCAUCUCUAAUACCUGAUACUAAU